UUAUUAUAAAGUUUCUAAUACUAAUAUUUAUUUUUUAUUUACGCUACACUUGUCACUUACUACCUACUGUUAUUAUUAUAAUAAUAUUGUAUUGCUUCUAUAAGUCUUAAUGACAACAAUUGCUAUAAAAAUUAUUUGUUAAUCAGUAAUUCUGGCUUAAAUUUGACGCUUUUAGUCUUGUAAAAUAUUGUAAAUAUAAUUAUGGAAAACAUAGAAAAGUAUAUUCCGGUGUGUGAAUGCGAAGGCGAAGAUUUUAUGGAGAUACCGUUGGAAAGCGAUGGUACUCUUUCAACAGCUACCCUGAGCGCAUACUUUCCCGGAGUCACAGGUCUCAAGUUUCGACUUGAUUCAUAUUCACCAUAUAGAGCACUUAGACUGUACGACGGUAAAUUCCACGCUCCUGAAGGCAGUUGGGCUGGUCAUAAAUUCUAUUGUGUCCAUCCCAAGGGCGAUAAGCGAAAACUCGAAGAGACUGACUGCAAACCGUCUAAAGGUUACCAUAGUAUGAGUUGUACUGAUCUGAUUGUUCUCGGUUUACCUUAUCAACUAUCAGAAACUCAAAUGCGAGAAUAUUUUGUACAAUUCGGAAAACUAGUCAUGGUUCAGAUAAAGCGAGAUGCAUCUGGAAAUUCUAAAGGAUUUGGUUUUAUUCGAUAUGAAGAUUAUAGUUCUCAGGCAAAAGCCCUUGGACAGCGACAUUAUGUUAAUAAUCGAUGGGUUGAAGUCAAAAUACCUGCCUCAAAAGAGGGAUAUUAUUCUAAAGUACCUCAUAAGAUAUUUGUUGGCCGUCUUACUGAAGAUAUUAGUGAACCAGAUUUAAGUAAAUAUUUCUCUCAGUAUGGCGAAAUCACCGAUGUAUUCAUACCAAAACCAUUUAGAGCAUUUGGUUUUGACUUUAACGAUGCCUCUGUAGCACAAAGCCUCUGUGAUGAAGAUCAUAUUGUUAAAGGAGUAUCCCUCCAUAUAUCUGAAGCAAACCCUAAGUCUGACCAAAACAGGGAUAAACAAGUUAGUAACCAACAACAAUAUAUGAGCAGUGUUCUAACAAACGGAAUGCUAGCUGCUGCACUUAACCAAGUUGCAUAUCAAACACAACCAAUUCCUUACCAAACCCAUCGUACAUAUGGAAAAGUACAAGACUGGAAACGCCGGGAUCAUACAAAUUCUGAAACCUCAAAUGCAAUUUCUUUAUUUAUUUAGGUUACUUUAGUUACUAAAAAAAUAUCCUAUAUUGUAAAAUCAAAAUAUAUUGAUUAUACAGCUGUUGUACCUCUGCAUUUUCUGUAAUCUAUAAUUAUAUGUUGACAUUUAAUAAAGUGUAUAAAUAUUUCA